UUGCAUAUUCGUAUCUGCUUCCGAUCCAUCCCCCACAUUACAUUAGAAUUUAGAACCAAAUCAAAACCCUUCCUAUCCUAGCUUCAAUCCAUGCAAACCCAAAUGUAGCCAUUCAUCCAAUAUCUCUGUAAGUCUCUCGCUCUUUGAUUUAAUGUUGUUUGUUGGUUCGUUCGACAGAAUUAGGCAGACAGAGCGACAGACAAACAUGUUUGAUUCGCAGGGAAUAAUGAUGAGGUCAGUCUCAGUCUCAGUCUCACCCACAGGAACAGAUGCAGAUGCAGAUACUAAUGGUAAUGGAGGAGAAACAAAUAAUACUAAUACUCCUACUAGUAUUUUUUAUAUUGAAGAAGAAUCGUCAAACCCUAGCCAGAGGAGGAGAUCACUAUCCAAUAUGGCCAUGGCCGAAUUAGCCAAACACAGCCACAAGGAAGCCGAGAGGCGCCGCAGAAAGCGUAUCAACGCUCACAUUGCUACCCUCAAAUCCAUUCUCCCCAACACUAUCAAGACAGACAAGGCGUCUCUGCUCACCGAAACAGUGCGCCGAGUGAAGGAACUGAAGAAAACUACUUCCGAGCAACUGCAGGGCGACGGCGCGUGGCUGAAAUCAAUGGUUCCCAGCGAGACCGACGAGGUGAAGGUCUGCUACUGCAACGACGACGGCGACGAUGGUGGUGGUGGUGGUGGUCUGAAUCUGAUAAAGGCGACAGUUGCGUGCGAGGAUCGGCCGGAGAUGGUGGUGGACCUAAUCAAGGCACUCAACUGGCCAAAACUAAAACUGAAACUGGUGAGGGCAGAGAUGUGCACUCUGGGAGGCCGAACCAAAAUCGCACUCUGGCUCCACGACGAACACGACCACGACCACGACCACACCAGAGAAGGCGAUGAUGGCCAAGCCUGUCUGGGGACACUUCUGAAAAUGGCCAUCGACAAGUCCAUUUUGUUGGCCGGGAACAAACGCCGCACACGUUGCUAUCAUCUCUGAAUUUCAGUUUCAAUUUCAAUUUCAAUUUUAAUUUCAAUUUCAAUUUCAAUUUCAUAACGACCUGUAGUUUUCCAACCUCUGAACCUUCUCCAUAUGUAGUCUUGUGUUUUGUUGUGUUGUGUUCUAGAAGCUAAUAAGGGACAAUAUCUCUCUCUCUCUCUCUCUCUCUCUCUCUCUGUCUAUAUAUAUAUAUAUAUAUAUAUUUGUGUCUGUCUGUUUGGUUUAAUUAUGUCCAAGAAUUAAUUAGUAGUAGUAUGUUUCUUUUAGUUUA